AGGAGAAGAAGGAAAAAAGCAAUCUGCUUCAACUCAGUUGGGCUCAUUCAUUUGAUGGAGAGCAAAAGAGCCCAGUUCAAGUGAGACUUUGACUUCCCUAAAGACAUAAAAGGAAUUCAGACCUUGUUCAGGUUUGAUCGUUAUCAAAAGUAGUAUUACGAUUAUUAUUUUUUUAACAAUGAGGAAGGGGACAAUCGGAGAGAGAUUUCAAAGCCCCAUCUCUUCAGAAGAGAAUCUUACGGAACUCAAAGCUUCAAUCUCAACUAUACUGGGGAUCAAGAAGUUGCCGAUUGACAGCUAUGAAUGGGAAAGCUAUUUUGAUGAAAGCGGACAGCUCUGCAAAUCCCGAGACUAUGUUGCUGCCCAAAUAUUGGACAGGGGUUUGGAUCCCUCAAUUAGACCAGAAGCCUGGAAAUUCCUCACCGGCUACUAUUCCUGGAGCAGUACUUGUGAUGAGAGGCUCAUGGUUGACAGCAGGAAACGCACAGAGAAGUCGGAUGUUCAGAGGCUGUACCUCAAAGAUGCCCAGGGCAACCCCUUGGUGGACAAGAGCCAGCUGGAGAAGAUCCUUCUGCUGAUCUAUGUGUGCAAUGUGGAAGCAGAAUACCAACAAGGCUUCCAUGAGAUGCUUCUGCUGUUCCGGCUGCUUGCUGAAAAAGAACAUGAGAUUUACUGGCUUUUCCAGUUCUUUCUCCAAAAAACUGAGAACAGCUGCAUUAUGAACAUCGGGGUGGAGAAGAACCUGAUUAUGCUCAGAGCGUUCAUUGCGUUUAUGGAUCCGGUUUUUGCAAGGCACCUCGAAGGGAAAGGCCAAGUGGUGGAAGCUUUGUUCCCCUGGUUCUGCCUGUUCUUUCAGAGAGUCUUCCGAUCAUUUGAUGAUGUCUGGAGAUUAUGGGAGGCGUUUCUGACCGGCCUGCCCUGCAAGAACUUCCAGGUCAUCGUAGCCUACACAAUACUGCAAAUAGUGAGAAAUCAGAUCAUCACCGCAGACCUGAGUGGAGAGGACAUUUUAAUGCUGUGCAAUAACAUCAUAGAUCUGGAUGCUAAUGAGUUGAUCUCCAAAGCCUGCAUUACCUAUGAACUGUUCAUCAGACAUAAGGAAAAGGUUCCAAAUGAGCUUAAGGAAUUCUUUUGCGAACCAUAGAAAUAAAGAGUGCAAUAAAGGUUACAAGUCAGAAA